GCACUGCCACUUGCGUUAGUGAAUUAGUAUUCCCCACCGAUACGGGCUCGGAAUGAAUAACGAGGGCAUACCACAGUGGGCGGCGGAGGUUGCCGUUAACAACAGCUUUAUUCCACCCAGUGGUCUUGGUAACCGAGCAAUGCUCGGUGUAGUGUGUGAUCGAUACAAAAUUUAGACAUCAUAAUAUGAUUGUUCACUUCGUUCAUCAUUGAUUGAAGAUCGCUUUCAAUUGUGUUUUGACAAAUCUAAUCAAUGCAAGAUGUCGUUGAUGGGUGCUGAGAAUAUCAGGCUUUUAAAAAAUCUGUUCACACCCAAUAAUGAGGAUAGUGACUCUGAAGAUGAGAUCCAAGACAAUGCUGCAAAUCGACAAUUAGGUCCUGGAGAUAUCGGCACGAACACACAUUCUAAGACGAAGAAAAAACGUGACGGGAAUCCUGAUGAACACAUAAAAAACAGCUCUUAUUCUCCUCUGCAGGAAACCAAUGCUGAUGAACCCAAAACCAUUGAAGAAUGGGAGCGCCGGGAGGAACUGGAAUGUGAAAAGCUGCUAGAGUUUCGCCCUCGGCCGGACUUCAAGAUUUCCUACAAGCAAACCGUAGGCACAGAGGAUUUAUUUCUGCAAAUGAGUGGUAAAACCCCCGGUACAGCUAGUUGUGAAAGCAUGAUCAUCGACAUCUUCCUUAACGGGGAAACAGCUGGAAUACAUAACAUAGACCUUACCGUUCUGGAGCAACAAAUAAUUGUCAAGUCACCUAAGUACUAUCUGGAUCUGACACUACCGCAUAAAAUCGUCCCUGAUAAGGGCAACGCCGCCUGGCUCUCGGAGGAGAAAAUUCUGAAGCUCACGUUGAAGAUGGUGCGCGAAUUCGACUUUGUCAACUUUUGAACUCGUUUGCAACAAAGCCGCUAGUUCGCGUGAAGUGGCACAAAUUAAGCGCAAUUAUAGCUAGCGACAUGUGAAGGCAACGCCGGCACUUGUUGGAAUGUGUAUUUAAUAAACGAUGGAUAUACAACCUUUCAAUUGUUUUUACGGAAUUGUAUGGUGGGUAAGAGAAAUGCUAGACUUCCUACUGUAAAUGAGUAGUCGACUAUAA